AUGCUACAAGAGCAAAAUGACGUUUUAGGGAUUAAUGUGCAGCAAAUUGGAGGGGGAAACUCCAGACUGAGAUCAAUAUGUGAAGAGAAUCCACGUGUGAAAUAUGAUGAUUUACUAGCUGAAGUAGAUUAUAAGGUCUGUCGUCAAUCAAUUUGGCGUUUAUUACGCGAAUCGAACCUUUGGAAAUGGCUUGUUCUUCAACGUCCUGAAUUAAAGCCUGAGCAUGUGGCUAAACGACUUCAAUGGGCACUUCGCGUACGUGACUAUACCCCAGAGAAGUGGAAAAAGGUCUUUUGGUCUGAUGAAUCUACAGUAGAGCGUGGUAAAGGCUCUCGUCGCGAACAUACCUUUACGCGCCCAAAGGAUCAAAUUGCUCUACGUGAUAUCCAAGAGGUAUCUUAUAAGGGUGUUAAACAGAUGUUUUGGGCAGCAUUUUCAGGCUCUAGGCGCCAUACAGGCCUUAUUCCACUAUCAGGUGACCCUGAUUCCCCUCGUGGAGGUGUAAAUUAG